AACUUAUUAAAUAGAUCAUGGGGAUUUCAGGUCUAUUGCCACUUCUGAAAGAAGAAACUGUGGCUGUGAAAUUGUCCCAGUACAAAGGAUUGACGCUUGUUGUUGACAUAUCAUGCUGGCUACACAAAGGAUCAUAUGGGUGUGCAAUGGAACUCGCUCAAGGCCAGAAAACUGAUUCAUAUGUUACCUACUGCCUGAAAUUUGUCAAUAUGCUACUUUCAAACGACAUAAAACCAAUCAUUGUGUUCGAUGGAUGUGAUCUUCCGGCUAAAUCUCCCGUAACGCAGACGAGGCGUAGGAAACGCGAGGAGAAUUUGUUGAAAGGCAAAGAAGCAAUGAAAAGUGGGAAUCUCGGGGCUGCCAGAAAUUUCUUCGUGCAAUCUAUUUCAAUUACAAAUGAUAUGGUGCAGAAUGUUAUGACCGCGUUUCGGCAGCGAGGUGUGGACUGUAUUGUGGCGCCUUACGAGGCCGAUGCUCAGAUCACCUACUUCGUCAAGAGUGGAAUCGCACAUGCUGCAGUCACUGAAGACUCCGAUCUGCUCGUGUUCGGAUGCCAAAGGGUGCUGUUCAAGUUGGACUUGAGUGGCAAUGCGAUGGAGGUGGACUUGCGACGGGUGUUCAAGGGGGGCAAAGUGUUCGAGGGAUUCGACGAAGAGAAGUUCCGCCGGGCAUGCAUCCUGUCUGGCUGUGACUAUUUGCCAGAUGGACUCCCUGGAAUAGGACUGAAGAAAGCGGUGAAAGUUUUCAAGUGUGCGUUGACCAAUGAAGUCGAGAGGAUAUUGAAGAGAGUUGGAACCUACCUGAAGAUGGAAAUUGAAGUGAGUGAUGAAUACGUUCAAGAGUUCAUCAACGCCGAGAACACUUUCAAAUACUCUUGGGUAUUUGACCCGCUAGAAAAACGACUCAAACCCCUCACAGAAUAUCCUUCUGGGUUUGACUCGAAAUCCUACCCUCAGUGUGGGCCUAUGUUUAGUGAGAGUAUAGCCUUCCAAGUUGCUCUGGGAAAUGUCAACACACGGACCAUGGAAUUUGUGAACUCAUACAGUCCCGGAACAAAAAUAGUGGCUAAGAAGAAUGUGUUGCAUGAUGGACAUGUGUUGAAUCCCACCCCCUUGACUCCACUGCACAGACUCAGCAUAUGGAGUCCCAACUACAGCCCAAAGUGCGCGUUUGUGGAUCGAGUGAAAUCGAGUAGUUUUUCGUCGAAUGUCGUCAAGAACACUGGUGGAUCGAUUCCAUCUACUGGCUGCAGAAGAACAGACGAAGCAGUUGUCUCUUUUGCAGACAGCUCUCUUCUAGCUUCAAUUGAAAAAAUGAAGUCUCCAUCGCAAUCGCCCCAAAAACCGGUUGAGUGGAAGAGACUGACUUCUAAUCCAGACGACUAUUGCACUGAGAAGAAAUCUGCCCAAGAACUCUCUCUGCUCUACUUGGAAGAAAACUUCGCUCGACCAACAAAAUUAAAACCAACAUCAACACUAACCACAAACACAACAACAUCGAACAAAGCAUCAGGAGGUUCACAAUCAGCUUCAAGAAAUAUCUCAACAGAAUCUACAGGAGAGAGAAUAGUUAGUAGAAGAGAUAGCAAUGGCAGUUUGAAGGAGAACAUACUGAGUACUAUAAAGAGGAGAGAUGGCAGUGGUCCGAUUAAGAGACCUCGAGCCUCUUUUGAGAACUCUUCUCUGCAGACGUUUGAGAUGUCGAGUGUGAAGAAGCGAAGAGAGGAGACUCAGAGUCUGUUGAGACAGCUGAGCGAGUGCGAUAGCAACAGGGUUCCAACUGCAAACGAAGAAGCAAACGACGAUGUUCAGGAAAUACUGGGAGAAACAACUCCACGCAAGGCAAAGUCACUGUGUCUAGACAACAUCGAACCGAUAUCUCCACUCCACGAUAGAAUUCAUUCAGCCAAAAAGAAAAACAAUCCGUUCUCAGCUUCGAAAUCACCAGCACAGCUAGUGACCUCAGUUCUCGUUGGAAAAUCGCCGCAUAAAAAGACGAGUGGUUGUGAGAAAAAUAAGUCGAAUGAAGAUUACGUUCCGCCAUCGAGGCGAAUGUUUCAGUCCAAAAAAAUAGUGGAUAAGUCAGUGGAUUCAAACAAAAAAGUGUACAGUUUGGACCAGUUCUUCAACGCACCCAAAAUGAAAAUGACCGAAGAAAAAUUGAAAACGGACACUGAAAAUAAAGGAGAUAAACUGAACACAUUUGUCCAUAGUCCAAGCAAUGAAAGUGCAAUAAAUAAACAGUUCAAAUCGCCUCUUAAUUCGUCUACCUCAAUUUUGAAUGAAGCAGGAGAAAUCAAACGAAAGAGUUUUUCAAUAGAUUCCAACGAGAAGGUUAUUGAAGUCGUUAAUUUGGACGACGAGGAUGAUAAAUCACCGAAAAAGGCCUCUUCUAAUAUGAUUACGCCGUCUAAAAUUAGAUCGAAAUUGCAUUCGAAGUCCCCAACUGCGGACAAUAAACAGUCUACGCUUCCGUGGGGAUCAAAUGUGAUAAGCUCUGUCGCACCUGCGACAAAGUCAAAAGCGAAACGAAAGAUUGUCAAAUCUAAGUAUUUCUGACCGACACAAGGAGGAGUUGCUGGCGGCAUUCAAUGAUAACAUUUAGGCAUAGACUAUUUUUGAAGAAGUAUCUCAAUCAUGAAAACUAUGUGUUGUUUGGGAAGUAAACUCAAUCACUUGUUUGAAAGUCUCAUUACUUGUUUUUAAAAUUGUGCUUUGAGUUUGAUCUUUUGUUUUGUUCAAUAAUUUA